GGUCAUCAUGUGGUCACCCUAGACGUCACAAUUCGCGAUGAUGCAAAGCGAAAAGAGAAGAAGAACUGCCCGAAGCAUUCCGACAGUUGUCUGGAAUUUUACUGUCGAGAUUGCAAGCAAGCUAUUUGUGUGAAAUGCUUAAUGACAAGCCACAAGAAUCAUACGACGUCGGAUAUGGUCGACGUUUGGUCGGAGACAGUCAAAGAGCUAAAAGAAAUCGGAGCGGUUUUUGGAGAUAUGAUUGUCCAGCUCAAGGAGGAUUCGGGGGUGAUUAGUGAUAACAUAAUAAAGAUCCAAUCGUAUGUCGUCAAAUCCUGUGAAAGGGUUGAUCAACAAGUUCAGAAGGUUUGCACGGCUGCCCAAAAAGCGGGCGAUGAUCUUAAAACCCGAUUGCACAUUGCAUUUAAUGACGAGGAGGAAAAGAUGAAGAAAUUGCUGAAAGAUACGGAGGACGUGACCAAAGAGCUGAGAAUUAAUGCCCAAUGUGCUGCUGAGAUGAUACAAAAUGAACAAAUGAUGGACGCUGUGGAAAGUCUCCCGUCUUUCAGAUCAAAAGUGGAUAAAAUCAACUCAGUGGAACUUGACGUACCUGAUUUAAGCUUUAUCUCGUUCAAAGAAAAAAAAAUCAACAUGCCGCAACUUGGAACCAUCAUCGUUAACCCAGCAGUUACUUUUCAUCAUAACUUCUUUCUGAACCAGUUCAAGAAAAAGGGGAGGGGCGAUGAAAUAGAAAGCAGAGACAUAAAAAAGGACGGUUUAGUUUGGUAUUUAACAGUGGAGAAAGAAUUAACGGGGAUGUCAUUUGGUAUCGGCUUAGCAAAUGAAGACAUCAGAUCCCUCUCUUGUAAAUACACCCUGACGCUGACCAACAAACGUUACACGAAAUCCGUUAAAAUGGGUGGAAAUGUCAACUUUAAAAAAGAGAACCCGAAGAUUUAUGUAUCAAACACCGCUGUCACGUGGGCGCAGCUGUGUGACCCGAAACAAGGCUUUGUCGACUCCAGGAAGCGGUUCACCGUAAAGGCUUCUGUGUCUGUUAGAAAUGUGCAGAAGUAACACUGGUCGCUAUAAUAUAAUCAGGGAAUAGGUCGACGUUAGACAUGCGCACACCAAACCAAUUCACCGACCAAUUCUCGUAUCGCCUUAUAAAUCGAUUUGUUACUGAUUCACGCCAAUAGGACGCUUUUUCAUGGAUUGUCUCCCUUACUGUUAUUUAUAAAAGGGUUGUGUUUCUUUUUUAAUGUGCCGGCAUUGAUAGUUGGGCGUGGCCUUGUGGUCUAGAGUGUCGCGCUCCGAGCUCUGGUUAGCUGGUCACUUCUGGCUUGCUAACGUGUUUUCUCUAUCCCUGGUGUGAGCGUAAAUGGCUUGCAGAUACGGGGCGCCUUCUCAGCCUCGUGAGUUUACUCCGGACACUCCAGUUUCCUCCCGCAUAUCAGCCAAUUAGAAAAAUGUGCGGACAUUGAGAUAUCUUUUAGCGCAUAGGAAAUAUUUCCCUACCCACCUCAACCCUCUUUUUCGUGGAUAGUCGCCCUCAUUGUAAGGUUUUUUUUCAGUUGACUGAAGUCUGUAUCACUACAGGCCCGGGACUGCACAGCACAGUUGACACUGGCCCCCGAAUCCCUUCACUUGGUCUGAUAUACGUUUGUUGUUAAUUGCUAUAAAUGUCUGUGUAUAUUGUAUGUGUCCUAUCCGUGGGUUUGUCUUGUGUAAUUGUUUAUGUGUGGUGCGGUCCUCCUUCACUUACUAAUGCUAUCAGAUAAUAUUAUAAUUGCCAAUAUUAAAAGUAUGCUUGCUAUAAAAAUUAUUUAAAUAUUA